GCUGUGGAGAGCCGGGAGCCCAGGAUGCUGCCGCUGCCACUGCCGCGCGACGGGUUCGGGUCCGAGUGGAGCUCAGUGAAGAAGACUCCCAGGAGCAAGGAGGCCAGCGCUCCUGCUGCCUCAGUGUUGCCCGCCGCCAAUGCGUCCCGGCCGGUGCGCCCCGGGACUGCGUGCCCCCGCUCCGAGGCGCCGCCCAACGGGCCCCCACAACCCAGCCGGCCCUCGCUGGGCGGUGGUGGCGACUUCUACGACGUAGCUUUCAAGGUCAUGCUGGUGGGGGACUCUGGCGUGGGGAAGACCUGCCUGCUCGUGCGCUUCAAGGAUGGAGCUUUUCUGGCAGGAACCUUCAUCUCCACUGUGGGGAUCGACUUUCGGAACAAAGUACUGGACGUGGACGGCAUGAAGGUGAAGUUGCAGAUCUGGGACACGGCAGGCCAGGAGCGGUUCCGCAGUGUCACCCAUGCCUACUAUCGUGAUGCACAUGCACUGCUACUGCUCUAUGAUGUCACCAACAAGGCUUCCUUUGACAACAUCCAGGCCUGGCUGACUGAGAUCCAGGAAUAUGCCCAGCACGACGUGGUGCUCAUGCUGCUAGGGAACAAGGUGGAUUCUGCCCAGGAACGUGUGGUGAAGAGGGAGGAUGGGGAGAAACUGGCCAAGGAGUACGGGCUGCCUUUUAUGGAGACCAGUGCCAAGAUGGGCCUCAACGUGGAUUUGGCCUUCACAGCCAUAGCAAAGGAGUUGAAGCAGCGCUCCAUGAAGGCCCCCAGCAAGCUCCACUUCCAGCUGCACGACUAUGUCAGGAGGGAGGGCCGCAGUGCCUCCUGCUGCAGACCCUAAGCCUGGCUGGGAACAGCCACCAGGCAUCCAGCUGGGAGGCCCAGGCUCAGCCCAGCCCCUGGAAAGCUGGUCUACAGGGCCCUCUGACUUGUCACCCAAUGGUUAAUCCCAGGUUUUCCAGCACUCUCGGGCUAAGUCUAGCCCUUCUCUUGUCUGGGUGGCAAUCUGUAUAGCCUCAACCCUAACAAAUGGGCUUCAGGGAGCUACCAGGCGUGCAGGUGUCUUUCACCUGCCGCAGCCAAGGCCCUCACAGAAAAGCCAAAUAACUGUAGGAAAGGAUACACUAAGCAGGGAACCUUGGUGCUCUCUGCUGCCCCCUCCUGGACAGAACUCAGCUUUGUUAAGGCAGCAGUCCCUAACCCCUUAAAAAGCCAUGUCUUCAGCUGCCCGUGUUUCCCAGGCAGAGACUGGCCAAAUUCCUGACAAUGCUCCAAGCUGAGGGCUUCACUGAGAAUCACAUGGGUUUGUGCCAAGGACCAGGGGUGGGGCAUGUGCUCCCAGCCCAUACCAGGAUACUCUGGUUCCAUCAACAGGGUCUUCUCAAUUUCCCUUGGAGGAUGCCAAGACUGUGGCUUUGUAACACAAGUAAUAGCAUGUGGUAGAUUACAUAAAUGUCAGGUAAACUAGGACUACCAGCGGUCACCUGCUGACCAGGGCACCAUCUCAGCAGGUCAUGGUAUUGGGCACGACUAGCCCACAGUUGAGGCCUAUACUUGGCAAGGUCAAGCCAAGAGGGCUGGUAAUGUACUACAUCUUUUACUAAAAUCUUCAAGUCUUUUGAUUGAGAGCCAUUGUUUUCAGUCCUAGUGAAUAAAGUUGUAUUUUCUGGA